AUGGCGCUCGAGGCUCGCUUCUGGAGGUAUGACAGUAGGGUGUUGAUGCCCGACUGGCACGAGGAUGCCGUCGCGGCGCCCCACUCGGACACGAAGCGGAGGGUCACCCCUCCGUCAGGUUUCCAGAGCGACUACAGCAGGUCGUCCCAAGCGGUUGGCGUCCCGGGCCAGGUCUCCACCGGCCCCAGGCCCAGGCGUCGCAUGGUCACCACCCAGAACUUCACCGCGCAAAUCUCUCAGCCCAGGAGAACGGAGCUCAAGCCCACCGUGGGCGGUUUCGACGCCACCCUCUCCGUGGGCCCCGCGUUCGAGGAGGAGAGGACGACGACGUUUCAGAGGUUCCACGAGAUCGCACCCGCCGAGGCGAGGAAGGGACCGGCCCCGCCCGAGAAGGGCGACGACGACCGCGCCGUGGGCGGCUACCCCGCGAGCGUCAACCCCGUGCGCCCCGACGCCGCGGUGUACAGCACGAGCCGCGCGUUCUUCAUCAAGAACGCCACGGACAGGGACUUUUUGGACACGACCCGCGACGUCACCAGCCUAGGGUCGGGCCCGGGCGGUCGAUGCGGCGCGAGGGGACCUCUGGUGCGGAACGCGGGGGAGGCGGGGUGCAGAAACGCGUACUCGGUGUGGGCGGAUGACUACGGCCACGGCGUGUGA